GACUUCCCCAACGAUGUGGCUCGCGGCGAGAUCCUCGUGACGGGCCUUCCCGCCACUGCGACCGACGAGAGAGUGCGGCAGUGGUUCGAGAGGCGGCUGGGAGAAUAGGUCCAUGAAGUCAGGAGACCGCAUCCUGAAGACCUCACGUGAGCGUGCCUCUCAUGCGCAUCUACUCCCUUGAGUGACCGUGCUCUGCCCGCUUGGUGUGUGUGUGUGUGUGUGUUGAUGCAGAGUUGCCCGGGUCGUCUUCUGCAACGAGGACGCCGCCGACCUCGCCGCACGUCUCGACGAUUCGGUGAGCGCGGGUAUUGUGGGCGGGUGGGUGUCACUAGUAUGUAUCAUCACGCUUAUUGUGUGUUGGUUGUGUAGUUCUUCGAGUGGUGCUACAUUCGUGUCCGUGCAGCGCCCCUGCUGUGUGUGGGGGAGAAGCAGCGGUACCCGCGGCCGAUGGAGGGCCUUCCCAACGUGGAGCAGCUGGCCACCGGGUUCAACCACACAAUUGCCUUGGCUGAUGGAGCUGUAAGCAAGCAAGAGAUCAAAGACAAGUAGUGCCUGUAGUCACCUCUACUCACCAACUGACUGUUUUCCUGUUUGUGUAUGGAUGUAUUGUGUCUCCCUCACGUCAAACAGGUGUAUGUGUGGGGGGACAACACGUACGGCCAGCUGACCUUCCCGUCUGAUGCCACCAGCGCCCUCCUCUGGCCGACAAACGAACGCCACUGAGGUUAGCCCGCCGAAUUGACAGACUGUUCCCUCCCCUGCCUCCACAUACGCCUUUGCUUGUGCGUGUGCGUGCGUGUGUGUGUGUGUGUGAAGCCUGGGCAUCGAGGGCCGCAUCGGCCGCAUAUGGGCGCAUGGGAACGUGACCAUCGUGGGCACCCUGUGCCUCAAGUACUACGGGUGAGUGAUGGAGCCAGCCAGGUCGAUCGCAUGUAUGGGCUUUGUGUGCUUCAGGUGUGGGUCAAAUGCGUGUGGCGAGCUGGGCAUUGGUGCGGCCGGCGGGCCCAUCGGCCACAUGACCGAGAUAACGGCGCUCCGCGGGCUUGACGUGAGCAGUGACCGUCACGCAUAUGUCAACUCACGCACACACACAUGCGGUUGUGUGGGGAUUUGUGUGCGUAUGUGUGUGCAGGUGGCCCAGCUCGUUGGCGGCACGUACCACACCACCGGCCUCCUGCGCAACGGCACCCUCAUCACAAUGGGAGAUGGUGAGAGAUGCAUUCAUUAAUUAAGCACAUCAAUCUUUCCCCUUUUGGGGUUUGUGUGUGCAGCCGAGUGCACCGGACUCGGGAGGGCCACACGCAACCACCACGCAACGCUUCCAUGGUCGAUGGCUGUCAAGGUAAGCACAUAUGGGUGGAGGGAUGGUCUACAGACUUACUUGUGGUCUGCCUGUCUACGGUCUACCUGUCUACCUACCCUAGGGCCUGAACUUCAAAUCGCUGGGGGCGGGCGACGAGCACACCCUUGCCACCACAACAGCAGGGGACAUUCUCACCUGGUGGGCACUCACUUGAGCAAAAGCAUUGGUUCACCUCACCUGUGUACGUUCCGUUCGUGUAUGUCACGGUGUCCGUCAGGGGCCGCGGUGCGAGUGGGCAGCUGGGCAAUGUGGGCGGCCCCGACCAAGUCGAGGAGACGGACCCGCGCCUCAUCCAGCUCAGCCCCCACUGCAUGGAGUCAAAGCAGCUCAAGGACAUGUUCGUCGUCAAGGUGACUUGCUCACUUAAGUACUUGAGCACAGCCCCCCAUCUCAUCUGGUGUCUGUCGGCUGGCGACGCUGCUCUGUGUGUGUGUACCCACCAGGGCGACGGCGGAGGGCAGCACUCUCUGGAGCUGGUGAGUGAGUGAGUGCCGCUGGCUGCUAUCGAACAUGCGCGUGUACUCAAGUGGGUGUGUUGGUGUGGUGGUCUGUCUGUCAGGCAUGGUCGCCGGAGACAGGCGUGGCGACCCUGCCUCCUCCCCCUGGCGUAAGCGACCGUGCGUGCGAUGCGAUAUCCGUAAAGGUGUCCCUUCAUGGAUGCGUCUGUCUGCCGUUGUGUUUGAAGGAUUGGCGUGAGUUCCUGUCGUGGCGCCACAAGGAGGAUCAGCGGAUCCGGGUAGAGAGACAGGCUGAAUUGCGCGAGACACACAAUAUGGUAUGCAGGCACCCAUCCAUCCAUCCAUCCAUCGUGUGCCUGCCUGUGUGUGUGCUUCCUUUCGUCUAGGCCAGAGAGGACCACGACGCUCCCACCCGCCUGGCGCUGCCUGUGGUUCUCGUCAGCCCCGCUGUGGCAGCAAAACUCCAGGAAGAUCCAGAUCUGCUCGGUGAGUGCCCUGACAGAACCACCUCACCUUGCUUGUGAUUCAUCCAUCCAUUGCUGCGCAGGUAACGUCCGGUGGCUGUUGUCCUAUGACGACAGAUGUGGCUCGGACCUCCGGGACGACCUCAUGAGCGAUGGCAGGCUGUGGAUUCGGCGUGCCGAGGGCUGCGCUGAGCACUUCGCCCACUGGAAGGGCAUGACGCUCAAAGACGUUGUGACAAGAAUAGUGGUAAGAAAAGGGAGCAAAGCGCACGCACAGCUUGUUGUCGGAUGUUCGGGAUGGGAGUGCAGAGGUUCUUUCUCGAGCAUGGCGGCGUGCCUGAUGGCCUGAGGGUGCUGUUGCCGCACCCACCUGACCACACACUCAUCGCCAGCAGCGAAUCCGACACGUAAGUGUGUGUGUGUGUGUAUGUGUGUGUGUAUGUGUGUGUGUAUGUGUGUGUGUGUGCAUCUACAGGCCGUUCGGUUCACGUCAUGUUUUGCGAGUCAUCUGUGGUGCGGAUGCGGCAUCCAUCACUGCUGAGUGGCUUCGGCUGGGCGAGAAAACUGCCGGGUGUAGCCACGUUAGCCUCGACAGCUGGCUGCUGGACAAGUACCCUGAUUGCAUCGGUGGGCACAUGCCGACACCUCUUGUCUGUGGACGGGUGGAUGGACUGCGUCGUGUGUGCUGUGUUGUGUGGUGUGGCGUGUGGAAGAGCUGCUGGCUGAGAGGGGUGGAUCACUGCGUUCGGCUGCAGACGGGCUGAUAGUGAACGUCAGGGACGUUAUGGAAAACAUCACCAAGCCACAGGCAGCCUCAUGUGUAUCCACGGCGAUGCAGCUGGCCCAUGCAGGCGUUGGGUCCCCGGAUGGCCACAUAGGAGACAUGGAAAUGCGAAUCGACAGGCAGGCAGACGGAGGGAGGGAGGGAGGGAGAUCAUCACGCAUCACAUGGCUGCGCUGCCCUCAUCGAUCGAAUCAGGUUUGUUGAUGCCGUGUGGCCGACGUCGUUCGUUCUCCUCGCAUUUGGUAAGUAAGAUGUCGCAUCGCUCAGAGAGGCCGCCGUUGACCUACAUUACACCCACAGAGAGGUCGCCGAUUGAGCAGCCGGACAGCCCUGCACAAGUAGUAGAAGACAGAGUCAGGUACGUACGGAACAGAGGCACCUGCCUCCGACCGACCUGCAUGGCAUGCGUGUCCAGGCGUUACGCACUCGCGCUGGCGCUUCGAUGUCCGCACCUGACGGUCCUCCUGCUGCCGUGUCCGUCAUCUGAGAACGUCAACGCAGCCAUUGCCAGGUUCUAACGAAGACAGCAGAAAGACAACAACGAGUAAGCCAAGCUUGUCUUCACUCAAUAAGAACUUCGGAAGGCUUGUGCAUUGUCUGAGUGUGUGGCGGCCAGGUAUGUGUGUCGCGUGUAUUGGGCGUGUGGCACUGCCAGCGACGCGCUGCUGCUGAGCCUGGCUCGCUCAGCAAGACCAACAGCAGCUCAAAUCUUCCUUCUUUGGACACUGCAGCAGGUACACACACACACACACACACUCACAAGCUCUUUCCAUCUCUUUCCAUCUUGCUUGUCAGGCCAGGGAUGCUUUGGAAGUAGUCGACAUCAACCGGCUGCGAGAUGCCCUCUGCGGCCACAUCAAAGCACGGGUGAGCAUGGCCCAAGGGCAGGAAGGAGGACAAGGACCAUGACAUUAUCUGCUUGUCGCUCAGGUGAGUUCGUUUAGUGUGGAUCCGUGCCAAUUUGACACUGGCCAAUGUGUUGGAGACCUCUGCAUCAUCUGGGCGUGGGCCAGCUCGAAGGCGAUACCACUGCCGGCUGGUGGUGUCUUGCCCAUGCGCGUUGGGAAGAGACUCGACGCCGUCACGAGGGCGUAUUUCAGCCACCUGUGCGAACAGGUAAGAGGCAAUGACGGAGAAACACGUGGCCCCUGUUCUCUCUUUCGUGAUGUCUUCAGGGUGGUGAUACCCGUCCGUGUCUGUUCACCCGGCGUGACAUCAACUGCAAGGCGCUGGCAGAUCUGAUCAACACCAUCACGCCGGCGGCCAAGCGCAACACCACUACCAGCACUGAAACUACAAACCAACAGAGUGGGCACCGCACCGCGUCCACCCACACGCAUGAACGCGCACCUUAUGCCAACGCCCAUGUGUGCUGUCGUCAUUCGUGUUUGCAGUUUGCUCGUACGUCGACGCACUGAAGGCGUUGGCCGCCUUCUACCACGGCAAACGGUCGCAUCCCCCGCCAGCGUAUCCCUUCGGUUCCCCGCCCGACGUCCACAGCAUCACACAAGCACUUGACCUUGGAAAGGUGCCGUCCGGCGUCAGCGGUGCCUUCAGCAGCCACCGCAGCGGAUAUGAGAUGGAUGUCGUCGUGUCGGCGUUGCAUCCCCAGGCUGAUGACCUGCGGCAGUCUUCACAACAGGUACUUGACACUUGACACAUGUCGUGCUGCACGACCUUUGUCUGCUGUGUUGAUUUGUUGCCGCUACAGCAGGCGGUAGAGUUGCGUGCAGCUUCGCACUGCCUCCACGGCAGAAUCGAGAAGCGUCGAGUGGAAAGCAAUGCUGCAGCUGAUGGUGAGCAGGCAGAGAAGCGUUGGUGGUGCACCAUGCGGGACGCAUUUGUGGCUCUCUCAGAUGAGGUCGGUGUCGUUCACGGCCACUUCACCUGCCAGAAGCCCACCCGCCCACCUCCCGCCCCGCUGUUCCUCUUCGGUGGUGCGCCAUCGACACCAUCGCCAUCGGCUGAUGAGACGCCGUCACCAGCCGCAGUAGCAUCAUCGCCCUCCCGUAGGCGGCGUGGGAGAGGGAGAGGGGCGGGGCCAGAGCAGACCUUUGGACGGGGGCUGACUGCCCCAUCGUUUGAAACCUCACCGCCCGACGGUAUGCACGUACGCCGACACAAAGGCAGGAAGGAAUGCUCGGUUGUGCUGUUGGUUGAUGUGCAGAACCAGCCGGCAAGAGGAGCAGACGGCCAGAGAGACGGGGGGAGUGAGGUGACGUGAGGUGAGGUGUGCAGAAUUCCAAGCUUCGUUGGUGCUUUGCUUGCUGGUCUGUUUGUCUGUCUGUCUGUCUGUCUGUCUGCUGGACUUGAUGCCGUCUGUCCCUGUGUUGAUUGGGUGUGACCGAGCGCACCUGGUACAUCCCUGUAUGUGUGUGUGACUCAAAUGAAUUUCGUCCUAACUUGAGUGAGUUAGCAGUCUAGUUGAGUUCGUGAGAUGCCGUCCGUGAGUUUGUGGUGACCGACCUGAGCUGAUCUGCACUGCACUGCACUGCACCGGACUCCAUCCACACGGCAAUCAAUGCUAGGUAGCUUAGCGUACAUGUGUGUUUCAGAGAGAGAGCUCUCACUGCUCGCCUGCAGACAGACGGACGGAAGCAUCACGAGACAUCUGGCAGUUCACUGUUCCUGCGUCACCUACCUGAUACUUCCAAUGCCGUCGUAUCGGCCGCGUCUUUGAGCUCAGCGGGUCUCUUUGUUUGCUCGUGUGGCGAGCGAUGCCUUCUUCACAGGCUGCCAUGCAUGUGUCUGAAUGGUUUACCUGGCGAUGUGUGGUGUAGCCGCAUGUGUGUGUGAACAAGGCCUGAAUGACAGACAGACUUGCUAUGCUGCGUGCCCCUUCAUUCAAUGCGAUUGAUGG